UCUCUCUCUCUCUCUCUCUCUCUCUCUCUCUCUCUCUCUCUCUCUCUCUCUCUCUCUCUCUCUCUCUCUCCACCAUCCAAAUCCACACACGCACCGUCCGCGUCCAGCUAGCUACUCCACCUGACGAGUGACGACGACUCCAACGCCUGCCCGGCGGCCCGCGCAUUCGCGUCAAUGGGCAGCACAGGAAGACAGCAGCAGACGCGGCUCCGGCCGCCCCGCUUCAGCAGCUUGUUCCUCCUCCUCCUCGUCCUCCUCGCCGCCGUCUUCACGCAGCCAUCCAGCUGCAGGCCUGUGCUUCUUGUCGACAAGACCGACGCCACCGACGUCAUACUGCUGCCUGUACCCGCCGACGCCGAGACCACAGCGACGGUCGUCUUCGCGGCACCGUCGGCGACCGUGCCCAGAGAGGACGACGACGAGGGCCGGCGGCAUCAUCGGCUCGCCGGCGGCCGCCACCAGUGGCUGCUCAACAAGAAGCCCCGGGGCAAGGCGCCGCCCUCCGCCCCCAGCAAACGCACCAACUGAUUUCAUUUCAUCUCGAUCGACAUCGACCGUGCGUGCUCACUCUCCAACGACGGAAAAACGACACGCUGAUACUAGUUCUCCUCGUCUUCCAUUCAAACUUCUUCUUCAUUUAUUUCUUCUUUUCUUUUUUCUUUUUUUUGGCUUGAGUACAUAUAUAGUACAGUCUACAGGAUGUAAAUGUAGAUACCGAUCGAUACAUGAUACAAUUCAGUUCCAAGUGUUUCGCGAUCGCGUCUUCAUUGUUAGGCAACGUACGCCACAGUGUCUUUUUAGUUCUUGGAUCUAUAAAAAGGUGAGAAUAUAUAUUAUUGCAGA